CGGCUCAGACCCGCGUGCUUUCCUGACUCAUAGAGGCGCAGGCCCCGGAGACGAAGCAUCAAUCUCCGUCCGUCAACACCGGCUGGAGAGAGAGCGCGCGAGAGCGGAACUCUUUUUCUCCUCACACACACACACACACACACCGCUCCGGUUGUUUUAUUUCUUUCUCUUUUUUUUUAUUUCACGGUGAAAUGUUCGUUUUAUAACCGACGAACAGGUGAGAGCUGCACGCGGAGCUGAAGGCGAUCACCUGUCCUCCAUGUGGAUAUUUCUCAAACUCUGGAGCUUUGACUUUUAACUGGAUUUUUUAAAUUUAAUUUUAAAACAAGGAGCCAGAAGAAGGAGCCUGAACACCGGGAGAUCUGCAGCUCCUCUGUCCGUCCUCAGACCGCGGUCUCCCCCCUCUCCCUCCCUCUCCCUCCCCUCUCCCCGCUUCUAGCAUGAUGUCUUAUCUCAAACAGGCCCCGUACGGGAUGAACGGACUGGGCCUGAGCGGAGCCGCCAUGGACCUGCUGCACCCGUCUGUGGGCUACCCCGCCAACCCGCGGAAGCAGCGCCGGGAGCGGACCACCUUCACCCGGACGCAGCUGGACAUCCUGGAGUCGCUGUUCGCCAAGACGCGCUACCCGGACAUCUUCAUGAGGGAGGAGGUGGCGCUGAAGAUCAACCUGCCGGAGUCCAGAGUGCAGGUGUGGUUUAAGAACAGACGAGCUAAAUGUCGGCAGCAGCAGCAGAGCAGCAGCAGCAGCUCCAAGGUGAAGCCCCUGAAGAAGAAGUCGUCUCCGACCAGAGAGAGCACCGGCUCGGAGAGCAGCGGUCAGUUCACGCCGCCGGCGGUGUCCAGCUCCUCCUCCACCACCUCCUCCUCUUCCUCCUCCUCCUCCUCCGUCUCCUCUGUCUCCUCCGGUCUCGGUGGUCCUGGUCUCCUCAGCUCCUCUACCUCCGUCACCGCCCCCGUGUCGUCCAUCUGGAGCCCGGCGCCCAUCUCCCCGGCCCCGGCUCCGGCGGCGCUGCCGGACCCCGCUGCCGCCGCCCCCGCCAGCGCCUCCUGCAUGCAGCGCUCCGUGUCCUCCUCCUCCUCCUCCACCGCCUCCUAUCCGGUGUCGUACAGCCAGACGGCGGCAGCGGCGGCGGCGUACGGUCAGGGCUACCCGGCCUCCGCCUCAGGCUCCUACUUCGGCGGCGUGGACUGUGGCUCGUACCUGGCGCCCAUGCACUCCCACCACCACCCGCACCACCCGCACCAGCUCAGCCCCAUGACCGGCGGCUCCAUGUCGGGGCACCCGCACCACCACAUCGGCCAGACGUCUGGGCACCACCACCACCACCACCACCCGCCGCACCACCACCACCAGGCGUACAGCGCGCCCGGCCUCGCCUUCAACUCCACAGACUGUCUGGAUUACAAAGAGCAGACGGCGGCUUCGGCCUGGAAGCUCAACUUCAACGCCUCCGACUGUUUGGACUACAAAGACCAGGCGUCGUGGCGUUUCCAGGUGCUGUGACUCCUCCUCCUCCUCUUCUUCUUCUACGCUCUCAAAGAAGUAUUCUCUCCGUCGUCGGUGGUUUUAUUUUUUUGAAGAUCCUUUAAACUGACAGUAGAGACGUUUUUUUAAAAAGAAAAGUUUAUUUGUGAACGAACUGAGGCGACGUUAUGACCGGGAUUAUUUUUCUACUCCAGAACUUCUGAAGGCCUUUAACAGUGGAACCUGAGAUUAAAAACAAAAAGUCAGAAAUCAGACUCAGUGGGCUCCUCUUUAAAAACAAACAUGAUGCUGCUAUGAUUUUCAGGUUGCUGAUGUUCAUUUCUAUCUGAUUUCCAACUUGAAUCUUGUUCAGAAACUCGUCGUCCGGCCUGUGGGUGUUGUAUUUUUGGAGACUGAAUUGCAGCACUUGUUUAUAAGGUGAAAGAUUUUUUUUUUUGGUUAUUUGUUCUUUGCAGAGGAAAAAAUAAAAAUAACAAUGUGAAUUUAGACACGCAAUGUGAGUAUUCGAUGGAGAUCUGAGAGAUGUACAUUCGUGUCUUUAUAAUAAAGUCUUGUUAAAACA